AUGCUGUUCGAAUAUGUUUAAAUUAUUUCGACUAGAGAAGAUGAAUCUCUCUCUAUAGAAGCACUAGGAGAGAUUGCAAAGUAAUUGGCGUUCAAUUAUAAUUUCAUGAUCUUAACUCGUAAAUUUAAAGAAUUUCAAGAAUUACAGAAGCUUAAAGAAAGUUCCCAUAGUUUACCUCAAUGCUUGAGUUGUAAUCUGAUGUUAAUCGUAUCUAUCAACAGGGAGCAUUUUCCUUUGAUGUAACUACUCCAUAAUAUGACAAGUAAGAGUUGUGUAGACAUUUAGCAUAACUUGCAAAAGUUCAAAAUUGUACGAAUAAACAAUCCUGCAAGUUAGUAAAUAUGAACCUGUAAUCCAACAGAAAACUGUAGAGCAGUCAGAAUAUGGUGAGGAUUAGUUUUAAAAAGAAGUAUUUAACGCACAGUGUAAUUUAAAUCUAGAAAAAUGAGCAUACUUUAGUCUAUCAAGUUUCAGUUUCUAACUAACAGGAUGGAUCAAAAGAUGAUGUUCAAGAUAAUCAUCAACACCCAAACUUUAAUUGA